UUAGGCAUUCAGGGGAGGAAGAAGCCGUGGAGUACAGUGGUGGGCCAUGGCUCUAGCAGCAGAUCCAACCCUUGUCUCCACUCCACCCGACGACACCCUACGCGGCCACAGUGCGCUGUUCCUUCCUUCCCUAGUUCCGUUCCCUUCGUCCACAACUUCCGAGGCGGCCGGUCAUGUCAUCCCCCUCUUUUGCCCCCGCUCCGCCGCCUGCUGCUCUCUGCUGUCUGCUCUGCAUCACGCUGCAGCUCCUGCUCCCUCGUCGACGCGCCUCCAUCAAUGCCGCCCUCCCACCGCCCACCACCCAGCCGCUAUAUCCCACCGCCCAGGCCUCCUCCUCCACCAUGUCACCUCCCCGCUCAUGAACCCCUCUCUGCCGACCCGGUGCGCUCUCAUGGAGGCUGCCGCCAUUCUUUUCUCCAUGCGCCACCCCGGCGCCGUGCCGCCUGGCGAGGUUCCCGCGCGGCCGGACAUUGAUUUGAACAGGGCGGCUAGCGACGACGAGGGCGGCGGCGGGGCGGCCGAUCACUCGACAACGGACGGCGGUGCAACUGCCGCCGACGGAUCCGCACCGGCUGUACAUGGCCAUUCCGCCACGAAAGCGCUGCCUGAAAUGGUUCUGCACAAUCAAAAUGGCAAUGUGGAUCCACGGGGGAGUGCUGGAAUUCGUGGCAGCUCUGCCGAAGGAAGAGCUUCCAAGCCACGGGGGAGGGCUGGAAGGCGUGGUGGCGCUGCCAAGGGAACAGGAAGGCCGCCGUCCAAGCCUACAGCCAAGGGGUUCAGGGUUCCAGUUGGUGUGCAGACUGACCUGCCUCAACAGGACCUCCCUGGAGAGGCAGCCGGUCCAAGCAGAGUCCAGCAAGACCACGGUCUGAGCAAGGAACGUCAGAGUGAAGCUAUGAUAAGGCCACUGCUUCAGAGGGCUGUUAAUCAUUCUGUUAUAUGCGCCACUGACCGAACUGAAAGCCCAGCUUCGAAGCCUAAAGCAAAUGAGCCAAAUGACCUCCCACAAGCUAUCGCUGAAGACGCCCAAGAAACGGCAGUACCGCCGGUGCCGGAGAGGGUUGAAGUUGGUGAUUCCGCAAUAUAUGUAACUGGUAGGAAGUUAGGUAACGGUAGCUCUUGCAAGGUCUAUGUUGGCAGACGACUAGGUAUGCCUACUGGAGGCUAUAAGGGUCUAAAUGCAAUGGAGGUUGCACUAAAAUUUGAGCAUCGGAGGAACCAAGCAGGUAGCUGUGACCCCCCACUUGAGUGGCAAGCCUAUCAGACUCUCAAUGGUUGUUAUGGCAUACCUCCGGUAUACUACAAGGGUUGCCAAGGAGACUACUACAUUCUUAUAAUGGCUAUGCUUGGUCCUACCCUCUGGGAUGUUUGGUAUUCACAAGGACAGACGAUGUCAUUUCAAAUGGUUGCUUGUAUUGCCGUUGAGGCCAUAUCAAUUCUUGCGAAGAUUCACUCCAAAGGCCUUGUACAUGGUAAUGUAAAACCUGAUAACUUUUUGUUUGGUCAACGUGGAUCUGCUCAUGAAAAGAAGCUUUUUCUGACUAGUUUUGGUUCAGCAUCCAACUGGAAAUGCAAAAGAGGAUCAUCCAGUGUGCAUGUUCAGUAUGAUCAGAGGCCAGACAUAUUUAGGGGAACAAUUAGAUAUGCUAGCGUUCAUGCUCAUUUAGGUCGUACAAGCAGUAGGAGGGAUGAUUUGGAGUCACUAGCAUACACCCUUAUAUUGUUAUUACGAGGACGCUUGCCAUGGGAAGACUGUCAGGGAGAUAACCAGAGCUUUGUUGUUUGUAAGAAGAAAAUGGAGACAUCUCCAGAGAUGCUCUCUAGCUCCUGUCCAGCUCCAUUCAAACAUUUUCUUGAGAUGGUUACUACUAUGAAAUUUGAUGAAGAGCCAAAGUACCGACAACUUGUUUCUCUCUUUGAUGAUUUGAUUGAAGGACCUGCUUCUUUAAGACCCAUCAGGAUCGAUGGACCUCUACAGGGUGGACAUAAACGUGGAAGAAUGGACGUAAAUCUUGAAGAAAAUGAGCAGUCUAUAAAAAAAGUUCGGUUGGGGAGUCCAGCAACUCAAUGGAUUUCGGUUUAUAAUGCUAGGCGGCCCAUAAAGCAGCGCUACCACUGUAAUGUAGCUGAUUCAAGGAUGCACCAACAUAUACAAAAAGGUAAUGAAGAUGGCUUAUUCAUUAGUUGUGUAGCUUCUUCAGAAAAUUUGUGGGCUGUUGUCAUGGAUGCUGGUACCGGCUUUGCUAAUCAAGUUAUCAAGCUUUCGCAAAAGUUCCUGGACAAGGAUUGGAUAAUGGAGAGGUGGGAUAAUAACUUUUACAUAACAGCAAUAGCUGGGGCAGCAAAUGGAAGUUCAUUGGUUGUAAUGUCCAAAGGAACUCCAUAUACACAGCAGGGAUACAAAGUGAGUGAACAUUUUCCAUAUAAGUGGAUCAAUAAAAGGUGGAAAGAAGGUUUUCAUGUAACAUGUAUGGGAACUGCUGGGAAUCGUUGGGGAGUUGUCAUGUCGAGGAACACGUGCUACUCUGACCAGGUUGUUGAGUUAGAUUUUCAGUAUCCAAGUGAAGGACUCCAUCAGCGAUAUGGCGCUGGUUACAGAAUUACCUCGUGUGCAGCCACGCCUGACCAAGCUGCUUUUAUCCUGAGCAUGACCAAGAAGCCAAAGAUGAAACCUAUGGACGAAACUCUUCUAACUUCUGAUUUCCCCAGCAAGCAUAUAAAGGAACAAUGGGAAAAGAACAUGUACAUCGCCGCGAUCUGCCAUGGGCGAACCACAUGUUGACAUGGCCGUGUGUUUGUUUUCCGAAAGACGAUUUCACUCCAGAUAUAAAGUUGGUCUUGGUAGGAUUAUUUUGGGAUUUUGGGUUCCAAAUGGCUGGCUGGCUCUGGCCCCUUUCAGUGUGCUGCUCUAGCUGUAAAGAAUCACGGGUUGUGUGCAGUUGUUAAACUUGUCUGUAAGCUAAGGUAUCUUUAGGGGAUUUGCCAAAUGUUGUCUUGUUUCGAUCUCUGAGAAAGUACUAGCUGGUCGUAGUAUUUUUCGAGCUGCA